AUGGUGAGUACGACCGAGUUCGGCACGUACACCAGCGUACUGCAGAACAAACCGAUCGCCAUGUCCGGCAACUACGAGGGACUGUUCGAGGCGCUGGGGGAUCGCGGUGCGUCCACACAGUCCACCAUGCACCAUUACGACGCCAAGACGGGAGUACUCUUCUACGCCGAGGUGAACCGCAAUUCGAUCGGCUGCUGGAACACUAAUCAGGUGUACGGGGCUGACAACCACGCCGUGGUACAUCUGGACAAUCGGGAGCUGAUCUACCCUAGUGACCUCACCAGCGACCACGACGGGACCCUUUGGGUGCUGACCAACAACUUGCCAAACUGGAUCUACUCGCGGCUGAACGAGAGUGACUUUAACUUCCGCGUAUGGCGUCAGGAUCCGGCUGUGGCUAUCCGGGGCACCAAGUGUGAUAACUUAUAA